ACCGAAAGGGCCUCUUUCAAAAUUAGCUCCGGUGGUACUAGACUCGUAACAGAAGGCGCUAGUGCCGUUUGCAACAUGUUCAAUACCUCUAUUGCCUUCGCCUGUUACAUUCAAAACUCAUCACAUCGGCAUCAGUCCGCUGUGAGACACGAGUGAUGAGGUUGGGUAUAUAUUGCGAAAAUAACAAAUUCUAG